UCGAAGCGGCAGCAGUGGCGGCGGAACGCCAAGCCGCGGAGAGCCGCGAAACCACUACUUAUAUAUUAUGUAUCCGACAGCGGCGAUUGCCAUGUCAUGACAUACAUUAUUAUAUUUUAGACGAGUGCGGAGUUAUAGUUUGUGCGCCGGGUUCACGUCGCAGUUCGCCGAGCGUCGUCGACCACUCCGGGUACGAACCAACGAUCCGACGCAGGGAAAAAAAAUGACGUUUCGUUCGCCGUUAAAUUUCGGCCAACGACAGGGCCAGCACCACCACCACCGUCAGCACAAUACUUUACCGUAACGAUAAGACGUCCGCGUCUCUCGCAUAAUAUUUUGUUUUUAAUUAUCCCAAUAAUAAUAAAAUUCGACAUCGAUCCCUUCCGCGAUACCCAUAUAAUAUUAUUAUAAUACGCAACCGGCCCCAAAACUCAAUUUAUAUAUUUUAUCGUUGAUCCGCAUAUAUAUUAUAUCGAUCGGUCCGCGAUGCAUUACUAUUUGCUGGCCGCGCUGCUCAACGCGGCCCUGGCCACCGGUCAACGGCACGCGGUGUUCGCCGGCCGCCGACUACAGCAGUGGCGACAGACCGGUGACCAGCCAAACUAUCUGCACAUGUUAGCCGGCAGUGGCGUGUUGCCCCGCAGGGUGUGGACGCGACAGGCCGACGGCCAACCACAGCGCACGAUCACCCGCAGACGUCGCUUCCCGACGUCCAACGCGAACCCGGUGAUGGGCCACUGGAGGGCCCUGCACGACAAGCUGAACGUUCAGUCCAUGUGGCCUGGCACGGCCAAGUACGCGAACGAGAUCUACUUGCCGGCCACAACGGACGACUACAUCAGACAGGAAGGAUAUCCGGCGGAGAGGCACACGGUGAUCACGGCGGACGGCUACAACCUGACGCUGCACAGGAUACCAUACAGCCGAAACGAUGACCUGUCGGCCAUCACGAGGAAACCAGCGGUGCUGGUCCAACACGGCAUACUGUGCAGUUCGACGGACUGGGUGAUCGCAGGACCCAACAGCAGUCUAGCGUUCAUACUGUCAGAUGCGGGAUACGACGUGUGGCUUGCAAAUUCCCGGGGAAACACGUACUCCAGAAACCACGUGACCCUAGACCCGGCGAGAGAACCGGAAAAGUUUUGGGAUUUCAGCUGGCACGAGAUGGGCACAAUCGACCUGCCCAACACGAUCGAUUACAUCCUGGACAAGACGGGCGAACCAGACUUGAACUACGUGGGACACUCGAUGGGCACUGCCAUAUUUUAUGUCCUGUGUUCGGAGAGACCCGAGUACCAGGACAAGGUCCGGUCGAUGUCAGCGAUGGCUCCGAUAGCGUACCUGAACCACGUCAAGAGCCCGAUCAUGACCUUCCUAUCGUCCGUGGCGGACCCGUUGGCGUGGUUGUGCAACAGUCUGGGGUACUACGAGUUCAGACCGAACGGAAAGAUUUUACUGUUCGCGGGCAAAGCGUUCUGCGAAGCCAACUCGCUGGCCGAAGGUGUUUGCGACAACUUGUUGUUUCUGUACGCCGGAUACGAUUCAAAACGAUUGAUCAAAAGCAUUCUACCCAUAAUUUUAGCACACACUCCAGCCGGCGCAUCCGCACGUCAACUUACUCAUUUCGCUCAGCUCAUGAAACGCGACCAAUGGUUUGGACAGUACAACUACAACAAACAGAAAAACUUGGAAAAGUACGGACAACCGGAACCACCAGCGUAUGACCUGACCAACAUCACGGUGCCCGUGGCUCUGUAUCACGCGCAAAACGAUUGGCUGUCGUCGAUGGAGGACGUCAAGUUCCUGGCGGGCAAGCUGCCGAACGUGGCCGAGAGAAAGGUCGUGCCGAUCCCGGAGUUCAAUCACUUGGACUUCCUGUGGGCGAACGACGUGAAAAACAUCGUUUACGACGACCUGGUCGGGUUCAUGAAGAGGCACGACCGGAAGUACGCGGACGCAGGGUGGCGGCCGUCUGCGGAAGUGGACGCGAACGUCGUGCACGCGGAUUACAUCGUAUCCGACGUGGCGUAGCGGUGAAAAUAGCGAGUUCAGACCGGCACCGUUUCGAUUACCGUGCGCGAUCACAUCGCGGGUGGGACGUCGCAGUUUUUCCGCCAAUAUCGACCUUUUCAAUUUAUGCCGCACCAGUAGUCAGUACCAUGGUACCUACAGUAAAUCUUCCAUAAUAUCAAGAAAAAACAAAUCAUAUUAAAGAGUAAUAAUUCGUCAAAUAUAAUUAAAAAAAUUUGGUUCUAAUGUGGUUUGGUUCUCAAAAAUAUUUCGUUAAAACGAAAAUGUUAUAAAAUGUAAGUUUGUUGUAUAUUGAAAUUCUUUCUGUAUUACUUACAUUUCCAUUGUUCGCAACGGAAAAUUUCAGUUUUUAGAUUUUGGUAACCCCUUAACUCUUAACGCUGAAAGGUAAAGCAGCAUAGAAGUCUGCAGUAUUUACUAUUUAGGCCGUUUACACUUUUACAGAUACGUGAAAGUUGUUACGUUGUUUCAUUAUUACUGUAAGAACUGAUGUACCUAUUAUAAUUUAUAAUAUCAUAGAACACAUAGAUAAUGUUUUCACGAUUUGUACCUACCUUUAAUCCGUUCGUUAUAAAAGGGUAGAGUGGAAAGAUUACGUUAGCCAUACAUAUUUUGAUAAUUAAAAAGUGCUGUUGUUAUGAUUUUAUUAA